AUGAGAAGAGAGAAAUAAAUACGAGUUCAAACAUUAAAUGAUGAAUAUUUAUCUCCUGUAAAAUUGCCAAAUGUCUAUAAGGUGAAUAAAACUAUAGAAGGAGAAGAUGGAACUGUAUAAAUAUUAAUAAAAGAGAUUAGAUUUUUGCAAUGAAUUAAUUAAUGAGUAGAGCAAACAUUGGAACUAGUAAUAAGACUCUUAGAACCUUAUAGAAGAUAACGAAUGAUUAAAGUGAAAGAAAGGAUUUACAAUUAUUAUAACAAUGGACUGAUGUAUAUAAUUUUGAUUAUGAUUAAGUCUAUGGUAUAACAGAUUCAAAAACAGCAUUUUUACAGUAUAACAGAGUUUUAUGAUAAAAUAGAGUUAAUAUACUCUGGUUCGAUAGGAUAGUUAUGUUAAUAAUUGUCUGUGAAAUGUAAUGAGUAUUCUUAAUUGAUUGAUAAAAUAUGGUCAUAAUUUACAGGGACUGUCAAAGAGAUAAUUGAUAAAUAAUCUAGAACAAAUCGUAAAUUAGAAAAGGAAAGCUUAGCAAAUACAAUUAAGAUUCAUGAGAGAUAUUAGAAUUCUAUGAGUGAAAAGGUAUAACGAUUAUAAGAAACUGAAAAGUAGUUAUAACGAAAUACAGAAUAUGUGGAAAAAUUAAAUAAGGAGAAUAAAUAUUUGAGAAAAAAAACUAAUACAUUACAAACAUAAAUUACAAGUUUAAAUAAUGAUAUCGAAUUAUUAAAAUUGUAAUUGUAGGAUUUGAAUAAAGAAAACGAAACGCUUAAAUUAUUUUAAUAAGUUCGACAUUCUACUGAAAAUGUUACACCAGAUUAUGAAGAAGAAUUAUAUAAAGUUAAGAAAGAAAUAUUUGAUGAUUUUAAAAUGGUAUUUGAAGAAUAAACACGUAAAUUUGAAGAAGCAUAUCAUAAUAAAAUGUUAGAAUUAGAAAGAGGUACAGAUGACAAAGCAUAAAAAGAUGAGAAUCUAAUUGAAGAAUAUGAAGAAAUACUCUUUAAAGAUAAAUGUGUUGGUAAUCAUAUACAAUUUAUUGAUAUGCAUACUGAUACUUUAGAGUAUAAAUAUAUAUUAAUAUAAAUAUAGUUUAAUUUAAACUUAGGAUUCUUAAGUUUAGACUAUCUAUUAGAAAAAGAAACUUUAUGAUUGGGGAACAUAGACUUUACCUACUUAAACAUCUAAUUAAUCUUGUGAAGCUAAUUAUCCUAUUAUUAAAAGAGAAUGUAUACCAAGAAAUAAUGAAGAAUAAACUUAUUUAGAAAUGUCACGAUAUCCAAUCAAAGCUUUUAUAGAUGAUUAUUAUCAAUUGUAUAUUGAAAAAGUUGAAAUUGAAAAAAAAACAUUUCCUGAAAUUUUUGAAAGUGUUCUUGAUCAACUUAAAUUUAGAUCCUCUUAAUUAUUUAAUAUUAUGAAAAUGAAAGAAGAAUUCUAUUAAGAAGAUUUUUGUCAACUUGAUUAAUAUGUUUAGAGUUCAUAUACAGUAUUUGUAUUCUUAACACAUCAUUUUUAAGACAUUAUACAUAAAUUAAAAGAUGAAUUAAUUGCUCGUAAAAUCUAAGUGUUUGAAACAUAAAUUGAUUGUAAAUAAGCUAUUAGAAAUAAAAAUUAAAUUCAAAAAAGACUUGAUCUCUUAAGUUCCAAAUACCAACAUUAAGUUAAAAACUACAACUUUAUUGAAAAGUAAUUUAAAUAGAUAUCUAAAUUCAUUCCUUAAUAUCAUUAAGAUUAAAUACGUCGUAAGGCUUAAAAAUAUAAAAUUCAUUUAGAAUUCCCAAAAGCAUUUUCUCCAAAUCCAAUGAUUUAGAGUACUAACAAUAUAAAUAGUUUAACCAAUCUAAACAAUCUAAACAAUCUAAAUAAUUUGAACCUUUAAACAUAAUAGGUANAAUUACAAGUUUAAAUAAUGAUAUCGAAUUAUUAAAAUUGUAAUUGUAGGAUUUGAAUAAAGAAAACGAAACGCUUAAAUUAUUUUAAUAAGUUCGACAUUCUACUGAAAAUGUUACACCAGAUUAUGAAGAAGAAUUAUAUAAAGUUAAGAAAGAAAUAUUUGAUGAUUUUAAAAUGGUAUUUGAAGAAUAAACACGUAAAUUUGAAGAAGCAUAUCAUAAUAAAAUGUUAGAAUUAGAAAGAGGUACAGAUGACAAAGCAUAAAAAGAUGAGAAUCUAAUUGAAGAAUAUGAAGAAAUACUCUUUAAAGAUAAAUGUGUUGGUAAUCAUAUACAAUUUAUUGAUAUGCAUACUGAUACUUUAGAGUAUAAAUAUAUAUUAAUAUAAAUAUAGUUUAAUUUAAACUUAGGAUUCUUAAGUUUAGACUAUCUAUUAGAAAAAGAAACUUUAUGAUUGGGGAACAUAGACUUUACCUACUUAAACAUCUAAUUAAUCUUGUGAAGCUAAUUAUCCUAUUAUUAAAAGAGAAUGUAUACCAAGAAAUAAUGAAGAAUAAACUUAUUUAGAAAUGUCACGAUAUCCAAUCAAAGCUUUUAUAGAUGAUUAUUAUCAAUUGUAUAUUGAAAAAGUUGAAAUUGAAAAAAAAACAUUUCCUGAAAUUUUUGAAAGUGUUCUUGAUCAACUUAAAUUUAGAUCCUCUUAAUUAUUUAAUAUUAUGAAAAUGAAAGAAGAAUUCUAUUAAGAAGAUUUUUGUCAACUUGAUUAAUAUGUUUAGAGUUCAUAUACAGUAUUUGUAUUCUUAACACAUCAUUUUUAAGACAUUAUACAUAAAUUAAAAGAUGAAUUAAUUGCUCGUAAAAUCUAAGUGUUUGAAACAUAAAUUGAUUGUAAAUAAGCUAUUAGAAAUAAAAAUUAAAUUCAAAAAAGACUUGAUCUCUUAAGUUCCAAAUACCAACAUUAAGUUAAAAACUACAACUUUAUUGAAAAGUAAUUUAAAUAGAUAUCUAAAUUCAUUCCUUAAUAUCAUUAAGAUUAAAUACGUCGUAAGGCUUAAAAAUAUAAAAUUCAUUUAGAAUUCCCAAAAGCAUUUUCUCCAAAUCCAAUGAUUUAGAGUACUAACAAUAUAAAUAGUUUAACCAAUCUAAACAAUCUAAACAAUCUAAAUAAUUUGAACCUUUAAACAUAAUAGGUAUAUGUAAAUAGUUCUACUUCACUCUUACCUCCAUAACAUUAAAGUACAAGUCCAAAUUUAUUGAUAUCUGCAAAUCCAAAAAAUUCAUUUGGAUUCUUUCCUCCAAUGACUCCUUUAGAACCUUAAUAAGAAAGUAGUAUACCAUAACGUACUUCUAUGGUAGAAUUAAGUUGUGAUUCACCAGAAGUUCAAGAGAUGCUUUCACCUAAUAAACCAUAAAUAACUUUAACUUGUAUCUAUUUGAUAUUAUCAAAGUCUUUCCUGAUAAUAAAUUUGAGGAAUCGUCUAGUUCUUCAGAUGAAGAAGUAGAUUUAUCAGAAUGUUUGAAUCCUGUAAAGAAUCUUCUGUCAAUAGAAAAGAAGUUAUUUAUUAAUAGAUGUCCAAGCAAAAAUACAUAGAUUGCAACUUAAACACUUUUAUAAGAGAUAUAGUAAUUUAGAAGAGAUAAAAUAGAAAAUAUAGUAACUUAAGGUACAUUGAUAAAAACAUUAUCUAAUUUUGUAUAAUGGUGUUUAAAGUUUAAUAAAUUAAAUUAUCCCAUGCAUGUUUAAUUAUAUGAAUAUUUUUCAAGUGAAAAUUAAUCAUAACCACAGAAUGUUUGGUUAGGGAAAGUGGCAAGAGUGAUAAAAUCAGUAAUAUAUUAUAAAAGAAAGAAUGAUUCAGCAAGAUUAUUUCAUGCAAUGUUGGUUGGAGAUGUACUUAAUAUGAUUUAUAAUUUAAUUAGUUAAGUUUUCUGAUUUACUUACAAAUAUUGAGUAACAUUCCGAAUGUCAAUUUUUUAGAAACUGGAAUAUCAGUUCUUCAAUCCUAAUUGGCUGAACAAAUUAAGAGUUUAUAGAAGUUACCCCAAUAUAUAGAUUAUGAUUAAGAGAUUUCUCAUCAUCUUGGUCCAAUUUAAGAUAUCAAGAUUCAAGAAUUAAUUCUUAAAUAUUCUACAAUAUUGCAAAUUUUUGCAGAAGAUGGAGAAAGAUUAACAUAAACUUAAUUUAGAUUAUUAAUGGUUGAACUUGAAAGUAAGAAGGAUGAGUAAUACUAUAUAAAUGUAUUUAAUUCAGAAUGUGACAUAGAAUAAUCAUCUAUUUAAUAUAUGUCAUUUCAAAGAUUCGCAGUUGUUUGUGAAGAAUUUUAAUUUCUUUAAGGAUUACAUGAUUAUAUCAUUAAAAAUGAUGCAUAAUAUUUUAAAGAUACAGAACUAUGGAAAUUAAGAGAAAUAGAAUUAAAAUUGAUGUUAAUUAGAAGUCAUAAUUAUGAUGCAUCUGAAAGAGAUUUGUUUUAUAGAAUGCAUAAAUUGCAUUAACCAUCUCAACGUAUAAUUUUGGGAAGGUUUUUAGAAAGAAGAGCAAAAGAAUUAUUAUUAUAUAAAUAUACAUUAGAAUGUUUAGCACCUUUUAUGUUACUUUUCGAAUCAUGA